ACCCUGCGCUGCAUGGUGCAGUUCAUCGGCCGGGAGACCAAGUACAGCGGGACGCUAAGCGCCUUCACCACGAUUUACCGAGAAGAGGGCGUCCUCGGCUUCUUCGCCGGCCUCAUCCCCCGGCUCCUCGGGGACAUCCUUUCCCUCUGGCUCUGCAACAUGCUGGCCUACCUCAUCAACACGUACGCGCUGGAGAACGGGGUCUCAACCAUGGCUGAGAUGAAGAGCUACUCGCAGGCCGUCACUGGGUUCUUCGCCAGCAUGCUGACCUACCCCUUCGUCCUCGUCUCCAACCUGAUGGCCGUUAAUAACUGCGGGCUGGCUGGGGGUCUCCUCCCCUACGCACCCACCUACUCCUCCUGGCUGGACUGCUGGAGCCAGCUGCACAGGGAGGGCAACAUGAGCCGAGGGAACAGCCUGUUUUUCCGCAAGGUGCCCGCAGGGAAGCGAUACGUGUGGGAGGAGAGGAGGUUUCGCUGAAGCUGGAGCCGAGAGAGGAGUCGUGAAGCCGACGCUGGGCUCUGGAGGCCAGGAAUUACGAGAGAGUGGUGAUUUCUAUACAGUUUUUUAAAAAUCAUUUAAUGCUGAGAGAUGAA